AUGACGGAUAACUUGGCACAUGCACUUUCAGGUGCUGGAGGAGGUAUCAUAUCGAUGAUAAUUACAUAUCCGUUGGUGGCCAUCAGCUCUCGGCUUCAAGUUCAAAAGAACAAUAGCUUACGGAAAGAUGAACACUACAAGAACACAGUGGAUGCCUUUGUCAAAAUAAUCAAUAGAGAGGGACCAAAAGGGCUGUACUCUGGAUUCGCAUCAGGUAUAUUUGGGAUAGCUGUGACAAAUGGUGUGUAUUAUUACUGUUAUGAAGCUGUGAAGAAGUUGGUUACAAAGCAAGGGCAAAGACCGAUCACUACAACACAGUCGAUGAUCUCGGGAUCUUUGGCUGGCAUUGCUGUGGUCAUAGCGACCCAUCCCAUCUGGACAGUCAAUACCCGAAUGUCAGUUCAGAAAAGAACACUAUCCAACAAAAGCAAGCGACCUACGACACUGCAGGUCUUUUUAUACAUUUUGAAAAAGGAGGGCAUUGUUGGUUUGUAUUCGGGGUGCAAUGCGGCCAUGAUUUUAGUCAUGAAUCCUAUUAUUCAAUAUGCCAUUUUUGAAAACCUCAAGACAAGAUUAAUAACCUCGAAAGGUGGACUAAGCAGAUUAGAUUACUUCUUGCUUGGUGCACUCAGCAAAUUAUGCGCUACCAUCGUCAUGUACCCGUAUAUAUUGAUCAAAUCUCGUUUGCAAAUGAGUGAAAACACAAAGGAACGCAACAUUGGAGUGCUGGAAAAUAUGCGAUUAGUGGUCAAGAAUGAAGGCAUUGCUGGCUUAUACAGUGGAUUAAAUUCCAAGCUAUUGCAAUCUGUCUUGAGCUCUGCGUUUUUGUUUUAUGCAAAAGAAGUUUUGUUUGACUGGUCCGUGUGGAUUCUUGUUUUAUUGAAAGCUAGAAAAAGUAUGCAGUAG